GAAUCGGUUAUGUACCUUCCUUAAGAGUAAAAAAAUUUGAGUUAGCGGUUUUGAUGAUGAUGGGUGGUGGGAUGGCAAGACUUUCGAACUCUAGAGAUACACCUCUACGUGGUGGUUGGGACAAUUAUGAACUUUAA